CUUUCGUUGAAUCCUCAAUAUAGUUUUUUAAAUGGAAGGGGAGACCGAUAGAGCUUCCUUUUGGAAGAAAAAUAUUAAAACUGUUCCUGGAAGACCCAGCCCCAAGAGUGAUGCAAAAAGUAAUUCUAAAAGUAAAACACCAGGAUCUACAUCUUUUCAAGAUUUUCAGGCAUCUGUUAGCGAUGCUUGGGAUUUGGAAGAUGACGAGUUUUGUAUUAUUUCGGCGCUAGAAAAUACAAAAAUCUCAAAAAAAGUGUCGCAGUCUGCGGCACUAAACGUGCUAAAUAGUCAUCGUAAUACGACAGAACAAGAUGUGUCCUCGAAUGAUAGAUGCACUGAGAAACCUCGUAUUAUUCAAGAAAUUGACCCCAUUAGGAUAAGUCGAAUACCGGGCAGGCCUAGGCAGCUGCAUUGCUUUAAUCCCUUGCAAGAAGAAGAUAAUGAAUCGAAGUUGGAACGGUUUGAGGCACUACUUGAAAAUUCAAAUUCUCCAUCUUUGCAAGAAUUAAGCAAAUUAAGUUGGUCAGGAAUACCCAUAAAAGUUCGAGGUAUCACUUGGCGUCUACUUUCGGGAUAUUUACCGAUAAAUCUAGAAAGACGAAAUGGUGUGUUGGAAAGGAAACGUCAAGAUUAUUGGACGCUAGUAGAAAAAUAUUAUUACACUGAACAUGAUGAAACCAAUCGUGAUAUUCAGCACCAAAUAAAUAUUGAUGUGCCAAGAAUGAACCCAUCCAUACCGUUGUUUCAACAAAAAACAGUACAACUCAUGUUCGAACGAAUAUUAUUUAUUUGGUCAAUUCGCCAUCCUGCUUCUGGUUAUGUUCAAGGAAUAAAUGAUUUAGUGACACCGUUUUAUAUAGUGUUCCUGCAGGAGUUUAUACCUGAUAAUCAACCAUUUGAAAAAUUCAAAGUCGACUCAUUAAGUCAGGAACAACUGAGAAUAAUCGAAGCGGACUCAUUCUGGUGUUUGUCAAAAUUCUUAGAUGGUAUUCAAGAUAAUUAUGUUUUUGCACAAAUAGGUAUUCAGAAAAAAGUGUUACAACUUGAAGAACUAAUAAAAAGAGUAGAUGAAGUUUUACAUAAACAUUUGAAACAACACAACGUAAGUUAUCUGCAGUUUUCGUUUCGUUGGUUAAAUAAUUUACUUACGAGGGAACUUCCCUUGAGAUGUACCAUUCGGCUGUGGGAUACGUAUCUAGCCGAGAACGAUUGUUUCGCAACUUUUCAGCUGUACGUAUGUGCUGCCUUCCUCUUGCAUUGGAAAGAAGAUCUUAUGCAGGAACACGAUUUCCAAGGACUCCUGUUAUUACUCCAAAAUUUACCCACUCAGUUUUGGACUAGCUCACAAAUAAGCAUGCUGGUCGCAGAAGCUUAUAAACUGAAAGUCAUGUUCGCCGAUGCUCCAAAUCAUCUUCUAAGUAAUACUGGUGAUAGUUGAGUGAUUACGUUCGUUCGUUGGUUGUAUUUAUCCCAUAUUCAGUGUUUCAAAUUUUUGUAUUGGAUUUUGGAUAUUUUAGUUUUUGUUUCCUUGUAAUGUUAAUGUACAUACAUGACCUCUCAUAUUUUUAUAUUGUAUCUAAAGAGAUAUUUGAGAUUACGAUUUCAAUAAAUUUUAAUACUUCUUAAAUUUGGGCGAAAGCAGUCUAUGACUUCUAAUUACCUAUACAAAACUUAAUAAUAUUAGUAAAUGCAAAAUGAAUGGUUGCAAAUUAUGGUAAAAACUUGGAUGUCUGUAUUUGUGUCCAGAGAUUCCAAGAAUCAAAAGCAAUGGCCAUGGCAGUGGCGAACACGAAAAUUUAAGUCAUAUUUUGAUUAUGCAGCGUUUUUUAGAGGAUGAUUCCUAGGCCCACAGGAAAUUAAAAUUUAAAUAAGUAAAACUGAAGAAAAUGUAUAAUCAAUUUUUGAGAUCUCGGUGUAGGCAGUCCGUUUUAAUUUUUUGCAUAUUCAACAUUUUCUUUUUGUAGAAUUCUAAGUGGAACUGGAAGUUAUCCUUUACAGAACGGUAUGGGUCCUGUCAAAAUAUAGCCGCUUUAAUUUUCACCAGCCCUGACUGACCAACAGUUAUAAAAAAAUUAAACUAGCGUCACUUUUUACAAUUACAUUUUUUUUUAAUUUGAUUAAAAGAAAUUUACAUGAAAUUUAAUUAAAAUGGUCAAAUUGUAAUCCACAUUUAGAAAAUUUAAGGAAGCUUAUAAUCUAAAUGCUGCAUCCAUACUUUAGAGGAAUCUACAUUUGAGUUCUUUAGUGAUGUAAUGAUUUCCUUAGUGGCUUCGAAAUAUAAAAAAUAAGCUUUCUCGACUUCUGUUUUUCAAUUAAAAUCGCAAAAUUAAUGAUACACAUA